UGGCAGAGAGAGAGAGGCGACCUCAGCAGCCGACCUGCCCCAUCCUGCAGAGUGAGCACUGAGGAACACACCUAGUACUCCCAUAUACUCCUGUGUGACGCUCACACACACAGGGAUCCCAGUACCAGCACCAUGGCCGAAUUUCCUGCCAAAGUCAGCACCCAGACCAGCACUUCAGAGCCCUCCAGCAGGGCCGGAAGGAUAUGCCAGGACCUGGACCUCAUCUUUAUAAGGUCCAUCCCUGGGAUCCUCAUGAUCAUAGAGAUGGUUUUGGGGCUCUUGGUUUGGGCGCUGGUAGCAGACAGCCGGUACGGUGCGGUGCCAGCAUAUGGCUGGGUCAUGUUCGUUGCCAUAUUCUGCUGGCUGAUGACCAUCAUCCUGUUUGUGACCAUUCUCCUGCAGCUGCAAAGAAGGAUCGCUGUUGUUCCCUGGCCCAUAGUGGUGCUCGGUUACCACGUAGCGGCCACCCUCCUGUAUAUAACUGGAUUCAUCACUUGUGCCGCAUCGGUGCAGGCAGGUUUCCCAAGCCCCACCGAAUACAACAAAAGGGCUGCUGCAUCGUUCUUUGCCGGCGUGGUGAUGGUCGCAUACGGAGGAAGCGCGUUUUUCAGUUUCUCCGAGUGGAGGGGAGUGGGCAGUAAUGCAGCUUCGGCAUAGGCCUGAGCCCCUGCUGUGUACAUACACAUAUUAUUUUUUGUAAAGUCAUUGACAGAUCGGAACUGAUCCCUACCGGAGUUUGUGUCACCUGUAAACCGAAACCCACAAUAAGUAGCUGGGAAAAGCUGCAGAACAUUCUUCGCCAGGGACACUGGGGAGUGCAGCACAAAACGAAACACAAACACAUUUGGAUUUGUGAUGCGUGGAGGAAUCGGCUGCUUUUAUGAAUAAACUGAACACGUAAUGUUCUCUCUGUUAUGACGCAGGACCCCAAAGGGCUGCUAUGCGAACCACAGACAGACACUCCCCAGGGAUACAAGAAGCCUGCUUGCAAUUAUACACACAAGAACUAUCAAUGCUGUAUAGACAUUACGCCAGCUGCCACCGUAUCAGAACCGCAACGUCUAAGGCACAUAUACAGCAUAUAGUGUGUAUUCCAUUGGUCUGCUGCCCUUGCCCAGAGUGGAAUCAACCUGUUUGCAAAUGCAACCUACGAAUUCACAAGGCAAAGUGCCAUCAGGAGGGACUGAGACAUGAAGUGCCUCGUGCCUCUGUAAUGUCAACUUUUUUUCUCCCUGGUGAAUAAAUAGGUCACAUUCUUGUGAAUAUCUGUUCAGUU